AUGGAUUACGCAAGUGGAACUUCUUACGUGUCGGCCAUCUCGUCGGCAGCCGCUGCUGCCGCUGCCGCUGCCGCCGGACUUGCCCAGCAUUUCAACAGCCCGUCGACUUGCCACUUUUCACCAUCCGAUCAGCAACAGGAACAAGUGACGACGUCUCCGGCGGAGCAGCAAUCCUCUUCGACGCUGCCGCUACUCCACUCAUCGCAUCACCAUCCGCAUUUGUUGAUCCAUCACCACCAGUCGAAUUAUUCCGACGAUUUGAUCGCACCGCCGUCGCCGUCGACUUCGUCGUCGACUUUGCUGUCACAUCCGUCGUCGUCGUUGACGUCGUCAUUGUCGUCGCAUCUGUACGGAUCGUCGCAUCAUCAGCGAUACAAUUCCGCCGCCAGCACACCUCUCCUCGUUUCAUCGGCGACGACUUCAUCCAACAGCAGCAAUUCGCUGACGACGGCCGUUUCAUUGUUCGGCGGAAGUGCCGGAACUGGUUUUCACGGCAACGGAUUUUCAUCUUCUUUGUCGCCGACGUCGACGUCUCGAGUCUCUUCGUCGACCACCGCCAAUUACAGCAGCGGAGGAUCUUCCUUCUUUCCUCCGCCCAAUGGCAUCCAUUUCCAAGGAGGUUACCGGAUGUAUCCGACGUCUUUGGGGUCUUCCUCCCAACAUCCGCAGAACCAGAAUCUUCACCAGCAGCAAUCCAACAAUCCGCACCAUCAGCUUCAUCCGUCGCAAACUUCCGGAUCUUCCCCCAGCGAUAAUUCCUCCUCUUCUUUCCUGACGAGCAUGGGAUUGGCUAAUGUCAUGUCAAUCGGCCAACACAACACGUCGUCGUCAUCCACUUCGCCAAUCCACCAGCAGCAGCAACAACAGCAACAACAACAUUCGACCGUUUCGCCAUCUCCGUCGUCUUCAGCGGCCGGAUUCGACGGAAGUCAACACCAACUCCACGGUCAGCAAUCGAAUCAGAAUCAACAGCAACAUCACGGACAGCAACACCACGGCGGAUACCAUCACCACCAUCACGGACUAGUUUCGCCAUCCAUGAGCCUGGGAGCUUAUCCGACAUCGUCCAGUGUAGGCCACCAUCAUCAUCCGGGCAUUUCUACCGCUGCUGGAUCACAUCACCAUCCAUCCAUUAGCGGCCUACCCGGUCUUCCGGGUCUCUCGCAUCACCAGCAGGGGCACCAUCACCACCACCACGUCGGUUCCUUGUCCGUGUCGUCGUUGCAGCAAGCGGAAAAACGGAAGCAGCGACGCAUCCGCACCACCUUCACAUCCUCCCAACUCAAGGAACUGGAAAGAGCAUUUCAAGAGACCCACUAUCCGGACAUUUACACCCGCGAAGAGAUUGCCAUCCGCAUAGAUCUCACCGAAGCUCGAGUCCAGGUUUGGUUCCAAAAUCGGCGAGCUAAAUUCCGGAAACAGGAGCGAUUGACGCAACAGAAAUCAUCUUCGUCGGAUAACAACGGCGGCAAGGACGGAAAUCACCAAAGUCCAGGCGAUGCCAAAGAAAGUCGUGGAUCUUCAUCCGCUGGAUCGUCGGCUGAAUCUCCCCGUGAUCUCGACAUUAAACCCCAAAUGGGAGAGCGAACCGAGAGCAACACUACCUGGAGCGCCGGAUUGAAUUCGCCGCCGGAAUCACCGCCAGUCGAAGCCUCACCCAUCACUAAUCCACGUUCAUCCGCGGGAGGGGGAAGUAAUAACAACAAGGCCAUUAUCAAUUUAUCCGCUUUCGGUAAUUCAUUCACUCACCUGGCAGUCAAUCCAUUUUAAAAAGGCGGAAAUGGAGGAAUCUUGUAAACAAACAAACAAAAAAAUAAUAAUAAUAAUUAAAUUUAAAAAAAUUUCUUCAAAUUGAUUCACAAAAAAAAAAGUUAAGUUCCGCUAUGCAAAAAAUUCCGGCACCCAAAUUUCCAAUUCAAAAUUUUGAGUUGUUUUUUGAAAAAUUCUCUUUUUUCUCACUUUUCCUUUUGUAUUUUUUCUUUCUCUCAUCUCGAUGUGCGCGCACCAAUACACUCUAUACAAAAGCCCAAGUGCGGAUUCAUAUAAUUGAUUCCAAAAAGCGUAUUAUUAAAUGUUUGUUUGGUUAUUUUUACAAUUAAAAAAUGG